AUGAUCAUUUCCGACUCCCGGUCCAUGAUACUCUUCGAGCGGUUCGACUUCACUCACACUGGCCAGGUCCUCGUCGAGCUUCAGUUAAACCCUUCAUUUUGCGUGCUCGAUUUGAAGUACAUUUACCUACUAUUCACCUUUUGGGAACUCUCCCCACCAUCCCACUCGUCAUUCAACCACUCGUACCCCAUUACUUCUCCAAAUGAAUACUCCCUUUUUCUCACAAAUUGUGCCCCGAAAUCAACUAUUUCUAUGGACGUCCAUACUGAGCUCUACAACCUCGAUGACUGCGGCCUCAUCAAGGAUUAUCUCUCUGCUGGCCUUACUCUUUUAUCCGGUCUGUAUUUCUUCUUUUUCGUGCUCUAUUUCACAUUUUUGGCGAUAUGGGGUCACGUUUAUUUAAGGAAUAAGAAGUCCUUACAUCGGAUACAUGCCGUCAUGGGGCUUCUGGUGAUUAUGAAAGCAUUGCAUUUAAUUUACACUGCAAAGGAUAAGCAUUAUGUGAAGGUUACAGGCACUCCUCAUGGAUGGGAUGUGUUGUUUUACAUUUUCCAAUUUAUUAGGGUAGUCUUGUUGUUCACGGUGAUUGUGGUGAUCGGUACUGGGUGGUCCUUCCUGAAGCCUUCUUGUAGGAGAAGGAGAAGAGAGCGUUGA